CAAAACGAAAAAGAAAUAAAGAAUAGUAGCGGCAGAAAAUUGAAAAACGGAAAAUCGAACUUGAAAAAGUCAAAAACCCGCGCUCUCUCCGAUUUUUGAAAUGGAAGACGACCAAUUGGAACUCUGCAACGACGACGGCUUCGUCUUCAAGCGCAAGCGCCGCCGCGUCGACGCCCCACCGCCGCCGCCCUCCGAGCCCGACCAAGAGGCGGCGGAAAAAUUCCGGAGAGAGCGCAAGAAACAAACCCUACUCAAGCUCAAAUCCAAGUAUGAGAAAGAGAUUCUUCAAUGGGAAUCAUUCUCGAACACCUUGCGCUCAAUGCAACAACUACACACCACUCCACAACAACAGCCCCAACCAAACCUAAGCCUAUCUCUUCCUUCCACCGAUUCCGCCGGUACCUCCCUCCUCCGCGACCUCCUAUUGCAGCAGGUGGAGGCGCAGGAUGCAAUAAUUCGUGAUGUGUCAAAUUUGUGCGACAUAGCGGAAGCGGUGUGCGUUAAGAGAGAAGAACAGCUUAAACAAACCUUGUUCGAUCUUCCAAUCUGGGCUUCUCCGCUCGAACUUAUGCAAGGGCUAUGUGAUGGUGAUGAUGAUUGAAUUUGAAGCUGCUACUGCAUUACUCUCUUUGGUAAUGAAUUUGAAGAAGCAGAAAGAAAGGAAAUGAUGGUCUUUACACCGUCAAUUUUAAUAUUUGUAAGUGUAAACUCUGUAGUAGCACAGUGAUGUAGUGUAGAUUAGGCAUUUGGCAGCGUGGUAAAUAUUCUUAGAUUGAAUUGUGUUAUCAACAGUAUUAAACGUUUUAGGCUGAAUGAAUGAUAUUGAUGAAUUUAUAAGGUGGGGAGGCUAAGAUGGAAUCAUGUGGUUUUGUAUAAAAGUUCAUUAACUUCUAGAAUCUAAUGUCAUUAUGUGAUUGAUUUCUUACUGUUGCU